AUGCAGGGCGGCGGCUCCCUCGGUCUCGCCUCCUCCGCGGCCGCCGACGACGCGUCCGGACGCAGAGCUUGUGACCAGUGCCGUCUCCGCAAGAUCCGCUGUGACAAGGACUGGCCGUGCUCCAACUGCCGCACCGCCAAACGCUCCUGCACGUCCACCGGCGCGGGCCAGCGGCCCAAGGAGCCUCGCCAGCGCGUCCUCAUCUCCUCGCAAUAG